AUGAAGCCAAUGCUCUUGGUGUUUGCUGCCUGUCUGUUGUGCUGGGAAGAUUGCCCUUGUGCACCUACUUGGAAGGACAGAACUGCUCUCGGUGGAAAUCUGAAGGGUUUGUUGGAGGAGGGAGAGACAGAUGCAGGUGGAGAGCUGAAGAAGGCUUUGAUGGGGAUGAAGCAGAUGAGAAUCAUGAUGGGAAGGAGAGAAGAGGAGCAUGGCAAACUCAUGGAAACCUUGAAGAAGUGCAAGGAAGAAAAGCAGGAGGCCCUGAAACUUAUGAAUGAAGUUCAAGAGCAUCUGGAGGAAGAGGAAAGGUUAUGCCAGGCAUCUUCAGCCAACUCCUGGGACCGAUGCCGGUAUUGCCUGCAGAGCAAGUAUGUGAGAUUAUACACAACCCGCAAACCUGGCUGGUCCUCCGUGAAAAGUACGAUGGAGCAGUUUUUCAGGAAGCUGUACCAGUUUCUGUUUCCCCCCCAUGAUGACCAGGAUGACCUCCCUGCCCAUGGAAAGUCCAAGGAAGAGGACCCACGGGUGAUACAGAUGGAGGGCGUGUUCUGCCAGCUGACUGAGGACGUGAGAAUCCUCUUCAAUAGGAGCCUCUUUGUCUUCAAACAAAUGCAGCAAGAAUUCGACCAGGCUUUUCAGUCCUACUUCAUGUCAGACUCUGACCUCAUGGAGCCUUCCUUUUUUCCAACUUUCUCCAAGAAGCCAAUCCCCAAAGCAGAUCUUGAGCCAAGGUGGGACCUCCCCAAUUUCUUCAGGCUACUUGGUCAUCUCAGUCUCUCUGUUUAUGAAAGAGUCAGCAAAUCAAUCAAAAGCACGCUGGACGCCAUUCAGGAUUCUUCGACACCGCACCAAGAGCCAGAUGCUAGAGGUGUAUCAAUGUUGCCUUCUUUGAUUUCAGAGCCUCUCCGUGAGCAGGAGAGAACGCCAUGUGGGGAACUUGGCCAGAAUUUAUCUGGAUGUUUUGAAUUUCACAAAAGAUGCCAGAUGUGUCAGGAUUACAUAUCUGAAGACUGUCCUGACGUCCCUGACCUGCACACAGAACUCGAUGAGGCUCUGAGACUGGUCAACCUAUCUAGUCAGCAGUAUGACCAGAUUGUCCGCAUGACCCAGUACCACGUGCAGGACACCUUGCACCUGAUGGAGAAGAUGAAGGCACAGUUUGGCUGGGUGUCUGAACUGGCAAGCAAGAUCCCAGGAGCUGAGAACAUCAGUGACUUAACAAAGGGAGUGCUCAGUGAUCGUGAAGGACAUUCUUUCCAACAAGAUGAAACGAGGGUGGACUCACACAUUUUGCCUUCCCCCAAUUUCACAGUGAAGAUCGCUCCUGAUGCAAGUGCUGAGAGCUCUAACUUCAUGGACUAUAUGGCAGCCAAAGUUCUAGAGCAUUUUAGGGAGCAUUUUAAGACUUGGUAA